GUGUGUGUGUGUUUUGGGUUCAGGAUUAGGUGGACGAUGAACAUGUCUGGCGGUCCCCCAGGGGAGGAGCUCACGGAUGAGGAGAAAGAGAUCAUCAACAGUGUACUGGCUCGUGCAGCCAUGAUGGAGAACAUGGAGCAAGAGAGGAUUGGGCGUCUUUCCAGUCGCCUGGAUAAUAUCAAGAAGACAGCGUGUGGUGACGGACAGUCGCAGUGUUUGUUGUGUGGGGCGUCUUUUGGACCACAGGGGGUCACAGCUGUUCUCUGUGUGCAGUGCAAAAAACACAUGUGCAGCAAAUGUGGGAUAUGGAGCAACAGCAGAACAUGUCCUAUGUGGCUGUGCAGAAUCUGCAACGAAGACCAAGAGGUACAAAAGCGUUCAGGAGCUUGGUUCUUCAAGGGGAGAGACCAGCAGAGUCUGCCUCCUCCCCUCCCUCUGUCCAGACCUCGACAGUCCAGCACAGAGAGCAGUCCUGGUCCAGCAGGCCAAGAUGGCUCACAGGAACCUACAACAUAUCGUCAGCGAUAUGAGCUCAGUGCAGAGCCACAGCAGCAGCAGUCCUGUGGGUCAGAACAAUGGGAGCAGACAGCAAGAACAACAGCUGACAGCUAUAAUGAGGGUCAGUCCUGUCCAGCAGCUGUAAUGAAGACUGAGAGACAUGUGUUAGCUUCCAAACCACCUCGGGCAAACACACAGCAGGCCGCCCCCACCUCAGAAAACAGACACCCAGAGCUGGAAGAGACAGUGUCUCCUCCAGCUGUGGAGGCAAAAAGACAGCCUGUUGUCUCCAGCUCCUUUUCAUCACAUAUUCCCGCAACCAGAAUAAUGCCACCUGUUAAUCCACCAGUCAACGCCCCUGCACCCCCACACCCCCCACCUGAUCGAACAGAGGAUGAGGACAACGACUACGACUCAGAUGAUGCCACCACUUUAGGAUGUCUGGAGUUCAGUCUCCUUUACGAACAGGAGAACCAUGCUCUACACUGUUGUCUCAUUAAAGCUAAGGGUUUAAAGCCAAUGGACUCAAACGGACUUGCUGACCCGUAUGUGAAGCUGCACCUUUUACCUGGAGCCAGCAAG